UUGAAUCAUAUUGUUUCAGGGACGAAUCUUCUGCUUCUGAGUUUUCCUGCGAUGUUAAUGUCUGUUUUGGGUUGUUUUUAUCUCCAUUUGGAGACUACGAAGAAGAAGAUUGCUCGUGGCUUGAAUAAUAGUAUACAACGUCCAAAUUUCUUGAAGAAACCGGUUCACAUAUCGAGUACUUUUGGUAUUAUAACAAUGACAGAGCUUCUAUUUGUUACAAUGUUUUUUGCACUAUUGAUAUGGUCUUUAGCCAAUUAUUUGUACAUAAGCUUUGGCCACCUCCACAUGGAUAGAGAAGGAGAGAAAAUAUGGAAGGCCAAGUUUCGCAGUGUGUCGCUUAGGUUGGGAUACAUUGGAAACAUUUGUUGGGCAUUUUUGUUCUUUCCUGUAACAAGAGGAUCUUCCAUCUUGCGAAUGAUUGGAUUGACAUCGGAAUCAAGUAUCAAGUAUCACAUAUGGCUUGGCCACAUCUCGAAUCUUCUCUUUACAUUACAUACAAUUGGUUUCAUCGUCUAUUGGGGUAUAACAAAUCAAAUGUCGCAGAUGGUAGAUUGGGACAUAACAUAUGUUUCUAAUGUAGCUGGAUGGAUAGCAAUGUUGUUUGGAUGGGCAAUAUGGGUGACAAGCUUUCCAUCCAUUAGAAGAAAGGCAUUUGAGCUCUUCUUUUAUACCCAUCAUCUCUAUCUUUUCUAUAUUGUUUUCUACAUGUUACAUGUUGGUGGAUCAUAUUUAUUCAUGAUCUUGCCCGGGAUCUUCCUGUUUCUCAUCGAUCGUUAUCUCAGAUUUUUACAAUCUCAAAAAAGAGCAAGAUUGGUCUCUGCCCGCCUCUUGCCUUGUGGUGUGGUUGAGCUCAACUUCUCCAAAUGCCUUGGUAAGAAUUAA